AAGGCUCUGUGGAGGGGAGUCUCCACUAUAUCGUCGCUGCUGCGCGCGCGCCAGAGCGCGGACUCCUCUGGAACUAACGCCUUUGGAUGCGGCGGCGUCUGGACGUAUUUGCGCACAGAGUUGGGAUACAAGGCGGUGUGGAUAGCGGAGGGAACAUGGAAGGGCCCAGCCCGUGUGGGUCGUGUGCCCUUAGUCUCACGCUGCUCGGUGCCAUCAGUGUGUUCAGUGUGCUCGGUGUGUUCAGCUCCGCGCUGGCGGCCACUAACUAUAAUUGUGAGAGCCCGUUGGCGUCCACGCUGCCUGCGACAUCCUUUGAGAGCUCCUCACAGUCGUCCGACAGCCACUCCCCACGUUUUGCCAGGCUUAACAGAAGAGACGGCGGGGGAGGGUGGGCCCCCCGGUGGUCGGACAGGAGUCGGUGGCUGCAGGUGGACCUACGGGACAGAGUGGAGGUGACAGGAAUCGCCACGCAGGGGCGCUAUGGCAGCUCCGACUGGGUGACAAGCUACAUGCUGCUGUUCAGCGACAUGGGCCAGGCAUGGAAGCAGUACAGGCAGGACGAUGGAGUUGGGACAUUUCCAGGGAAUGCAAACGCAGAUGGUGUCGUCCUCCACAAACUUCUUCAUUCCAUCAGAACUCGUUUCCUCCGCUUCGUCCCCUUGGACUGGAACCCCAGUGGCUGGGUGGGGCUAAGGGUGGAGGUAUAUGGAUGCUCCUACAAGUCAGAUGUGGCAGAUUUUGAUGGCAGAAGCUCUCUACUCUACCGAUUCAAUCAGAAGUCCAUGAGCACAGUGAAGGACGUGAUCUCACUCAAGUUCAAGAGCCAGCAGGGCGAAGGAGUCCUGGUGCACGGGGAGGGUCAGAGAGGGGACUACAUCACAUUGGAGCUGCACCGGGGUCGGCUGGCCCUACACCUCAAUCUGGAUGAUGCGAAACUUCACCCCAGCAGUGGUCACAUGCCAGUCACCCUGGGUAGCCUUUUGGAUGACCAGCACUGGCAUUCGGUACUCAUUGAACGCUUCAAUAAGCACGUCAACUUCACAGUAGACAGGCACACACAGCACUUUCGCACCCGGGGUGACGGAGACUCUCUGGAGGUGGACUAUGAGCUUAGCUUCGGAGGAAUUCCACUCCCAGGCAAACCAGGCACUUUCCUCAGGAAGAACUUUCAUGGCUGCAUGGAGAACCUGUACUACAAUGGGGUGAACAUCAUCGACCUAGCCAAGCGGCGCAAGCCCCAGAUCUACAGCGUGGGAAAUGUGACCUUCUCCUGUUCAGAGCCCCGGCUGAUGGUCACCACCUUUCUGAACUCUGGUAGCAGCUUUCUACAGCUUCCGACUCAGGCCUCCUUAGAGGGCCUGUCUAUCCGCUUCCAGUUUCGCACCUGGAACCAGGAUGGGCUGCUGAUGUCCUUCCAGCUGAAUCGGAACCCUGAGCGCCUGAUCCUGCAGCUGGGCAGUGGCCAGCUCCGCGUCUCGUACUGCCAUUCAGCCCUGCAGAAAUCAGAGAUCACCAUUGGAGACCAGCUCAAUGACGGCCUGUGGCACUCUCUCAGUCUUGAGACCAGGGGUCUGAAGCUCCAGCUGACCCUGGACAGCGAGCCCACCUCAACCAUGGAGCUCAGGGAACGAGGCCAAACAGUCAGUGACUUCUUCUUUGGAGGUUGUCCUGGGACCUCAGAAGACCUUGGCUGCAGGAACCCCACUUUGGGUUUUCAGGGGUGCCUGCGACUCAUGAUCAUUAACAACCACAUUGUAGAUCUGUUUCAAGUGCAGCAAGGUCUUCUGGGUAACUACAGUGAACUGCAGUUUGACACCUGUGGCAUCCAGGAUAGAUGCCUGCCAAACAUGUGUGAACAUGGAGGUCGAUGCUUCCAGUCCUGGACAAACUUCUAUUGUGAUUGUUCUGGUACUGGAUACAUGGGGGCAACCUGCCACAACUCAAUCUAUGAACCAUCCUGUGAAGCAUACAGGCAAGCAGGAAGUGCUUCAGGCUACUUCACCAUUGAUCCAGAUGGAAGUGGUCCACUGGGUUCAGCCCUGGUCUACUGCAACAUGACAGAGGAUAAAGUAUGGACCGUAGUCACUCACAACAACACAGAGCUCAUGAAAGUAAAAGGGUCCACCCUACAGCGACCCUACACAAUGCGAUUCAACUACAGUGCCUCAACUGAACAACUGAGCACCCUGGUCACCAAAUCUGAGCACUGUCAGCAGGAAGUGGUCUACCGCUGCAGGAAAUCCCGCCUCUUUAAUACUUGGGAUGGUACACCCCUGUCCUGGUGGGUGGAUCGGAGUGGGGAGAGGCGCACAUACUGGGGGGGCUUUCUUCCAGGGGUUCAGCAGUGCUCUUGCAGCCUGGAUGAGAACUGCAUCGACAUGAACUACUUCUGCAACUGUGAUGCCGACAGGGAGUCAUGGGCAAAUGAUACGGGGAUCCUGUCCUACAAAGACCACUUGCCAGUGAGUGAAAUCACAAUCGGAGACACUAACCGGACAGGAUCAGAGGCUGCCUACAGAAUUGGACCUUUGCAUUGCUAUGGAGAUAGGUUUUUUUGGAAUGCUGCAUCUUUUUACCAGGAAUCUUCAUACCUUCACUUCCCAACUCUUCAGGCAGAACUGAGCACUGACAUCUCCUUCUACUUCAAGACCACUGCACCUACAGGCAUUUUUUUGGAGAACCUGGGUAUCAGGGACUUCAUCCGGGUGGAGCUCAGUUCUCCAUCCACUGUGACCUUCUCCUUUGACGUGGGCAACGGGCCGGUGGUCCUGGCAGCUAAAUCCCAUGUGCCCCUGAAUGACAAGCAGUGGCACUACGUGCGAGCAGAGCGCAACGUAAAAGAGGCGUCGCUGCAGGUGGACCAGCUGCCAUUGCGCUAUGCUGAAGCCCCCGCAGACGGCCACCGCCGCCUGCAGCUCAACAGCCAGCUGUUCGUAGGCGGAACAGCAUCACGGCAGCAUGGCUUUCUGGGCUGCAUCCGUGCACUGUCCACCAACGGGUUGACCCUAGACCUGGAGGAGCGUGCUAAGAUGACACCUGGGGUGAGCGCUGGCUGCCCAGGCCACUGCAGUGGACACAGCAGCCUGUGCUCCAACCGUGGACGCUGUAUUGAGAGGAACAGCGGCUAUGCCUGUGACUGCACACACUCUGCCUAUGGAGGGCCACACUGCAAGAAGGAAGUGUCUAUGUCAUUUGAAACUGGGUCAUCGGUGGUAUACACCUUCCAGGAGCCUUUCUCAGUCAUGCGCAACGGCAGUGCCCAGUCAUCGCCCACUUCACAUGCCCAGAGCAGCAGGUUCCGGGAGAAUGUCGCCCUGAGUUUCCGUACCACACAGAUUCCUGCCAUGCUGCUGGCUGUCACCACCUUCUACCAGGAGUACAUGGCUAUCAUCUUAGCUCACAAUGGGAGUUUGCAGAUCUGGUACCGGCUCAACAGGGAGUGGAGGCCAGAUGUGUUCAUUCCAACUCCUGAGAACUUGGCCGAUGGUCAGCUCCACUGGGUCCGAGUGCACCGAGAAGGGAGGGAUGUGUACGCCCAGAUUGAUAAGGACAUAAACCAAAAAUACAGCCUGUCAUCCGAGGUAGAGCUGAACACAAUUAGAUCCCUGACUUUGGGCAAAGUCACAGGAAAUUUUGGAAUGGAGGAGGAGGUGAUGCAGGCUGGAUCCAAGGGUUUUGUUGGAUGCCUGUCUUCGGUCCAGUUCAAUAAUGUGGUUCCGCUGAAAGCAGCUCUGUUGAAUCGAGGAAGCUCACUGGUCAGCAUACGAGGACGCAUGUUUGAGUCCAACUGUGGAGCAUCAGCUGAUGUGACCACCUCUCACUCCCUUUCUGAUCACUUAGAGAAAGUCGACAGAGGCAAGGAGCCACUGAAGAACGCCACGCAAAGCGAUCCUGCUGUAAUUGGAGGUGUGAUUGCUGCCGUGGUCUUUAUCUCCCUCUGUGUGGGAGCAGUUGUGACCCGUAUCCUGUUCCAGAACCGGCAGGCGGAGCAGUUAGCUGCAGUCAAGGAGAAGGAACACCGGCGUGGCCUUGAACAAGCCUACCGCACAGAAUUGGACCUUCAGAACUCUAUCCGAGGAAGCAGAAAGGAAUACUUCAUAUGAGGCCUGGCUGAAAGGUGCUGCCCCAAGUCUUUCCCAACCUCACCUGCCCGUCUCCCAUUAUCCACCUGGGAUAAGGCGCAUGUCCCCCCACAGGAGGAGUGACUGUGGCUUUUCGUACAUUUCCUGGCUUCUCGGUGUAAAACCCUCUUCCUGGCAUUCUGGGAACUCUGAGACCCCCUCUGACUGUUUUAAACCUAUAGGUAGCUGGUAGGACAAGAGGAGUAGCUGCUUCUUUGUGUAGGUUGUUGAUCCAGAACAAAAGGGGUACACUUACGUAUGCACUGUGGUUCUACUGUGUUGUAAGAGAAUGAUUAAUGGGAGUAUGGGCCAGGGUUAAUACAUACUUCUGUAACUAUCCGGUGUGUGUUUAAAAAAUAUAUCUUCUGUCAAAAAGUUAAAAAGCCAAGGGAAAUGUGCAAGUCAGCCUUUGUACCCCCAUCCUGUCCUCAUGGAAGGAGAUGAUGGAAGGGAGGAACUCUUAACAAGAGGCAGCAGGAUGGAGGACCUUUGUGCUCCACAAACUCCUCAGAACUUUGGAUGGGAGCAUCAUCUCCUGUGGAACCAUCACCAUGUCAGGGUCCUGUGCUGCUUGUGUGCACUUGAAAUGAGUGCUAUAUACAGUCUGCAGAUGGAUGACAACUCAACUUGUGCCCUGAUAGGGAAAAUAACAAGAACAGCCAAGGUGUAUGAGAUAGCUGGUGUUGAAUCCUAGAAAAAAAAGCUUGAGAUUUGUAUUUUUUAGCGGUGUGUGUCGCUGCCUUAUGGGUCAUCCCAUUGAUAUGGUCCAUGCUGUUUCCUGCAACAGCAUAUAGCCUCUCAUUCUGGUGUUAAAAGGCUCAUCUCUCACAUAUUUUGAACUAAGAAUAUGGUAUCCAGGGUCUCUUUAUAACAAACAUGCUCCUAAGGCAGGUGGGCACCACAAUUCCUCAUGUAGGCCUGCCUUUGUUCUGCAUGAAACACUGACCACUAAGCUCUAUGACUUCAAUCCAGAGGGAAAUGUAGCACACGUCUGUGUUCUUAUCAUGAUACAGCCAGAGAUCACAGGUGACCUGUUCUAGGGCAAGGAAACCCAUUUUGUGAGCCCUCAGUGGUGCCGCUUUAGGGGAAAACUUUAAUCCAUCUUGGUUCGCAGUACUCGCCCGUGGGUUGCGGAUGCGAUAGCCCCAGCUCCACCAGACUGGAAUCUGCCACCGCAUCUUUCCUCCCCUGACAGUGCCAAACCAUCCACAGCACAUCUGCUCCCAAUCUCUGACAGCACCACCCUUCAAAUCCCACUGGAAGCUGCUGUCUGCCAAAGGCUUUACUGAGCCUUCAAACAGGGCUUCUCACAGUUGCUUUGCUUUCAUUUCUCCUCUACUUUGACAGUUGGUACUGUACGGCUUCCACAGACUUUAUUUGCAUCAGUUGUCCUAAUGGAUUUAAUUUACACUCAAAAUCCAUUUUUAAUUUUUGUCUUCUUAAAUAUUUACUGAAAAUAUCUAUGUGCUGCAUAUUUGCAUCUUGCUCAUGCAUGUAUGAACUAAACAAUGCCAAACUGUAUGAGAUGCAACCCUUAAACUAAGAGUGAGAAAGUGAAAUACUGUGGAAGGAAUACUGUGUUUAACAUGACAAGUGGGCUGAAUCAAAUAAUAAACUUGCUGUUCCAAAGCAUGCAGUUUAACCUCUACACCGUUCUAAUUAAAGCACACUGAUCCAGAACAUUCCCUCAGAUGUUCCCAACGCGGACACUGUCCUAGCACACACGCUCUGCGUCAGAAAUCCUUCAUUUGAACUAAAACAGAAAGGCAACGUUCUGUCACCAGGGAGAUGUGUGCAUGAUCUUGCACUGGAACAUAGAAAUGUGUUCUUGAAAUCCUGUUUUUUGAUGCAGUUUCAUUCCUUGUCGGGCACACUGGGUGUGCCAUAGGGCUGCAGGGGUUAACACUUUUGGGUAAAAACUUUGGAAUGAGUAGUGCUACAUAUUUUGUAAAACAGCAGAAUACUCAUCAUACCCUGUAUAUUUCUUCACCAAGACCAAAUCCUACAGGUACUAUAUUAAUAUAAUUUUAUUGUUGCGCCUUUAGUUGUGCGGUCAAUAUUAAUUAAUACACUCUCAAAAAUGGCUUUUAGGUUCACAGAUCCUCUCAAAAAAAGAAAGAUAUAAUGGAUGAAAAGAUACAAUGUAGUAAUUUUGAUGUAUCUUGUAAAUGAUGCAUAACCGUACUAGAAGUUACAUCAUUUGAGGUCCUAUAACUCCACUGUGCUAUAUAUUACAAAAAUCUAAAUGGUGUGAUAUUACAUAUACCAUCUGUAUGUUGUUUCAUUGUUUGUUUAUUUAUUUAUUAUUUAAAUUUCAGUAGGAGUCUGUGUAAAGAACUGUGCAGAAUCUGGCGCUAUCCUGUUGAACAUUUUAAAAAUUAACUCGGACAGGUCCAUGGAGAGCUUACUAAAAUACUGCUUGUUAUUUCCUUAGAAAAAAAAUCUCCUUCUCUGGAGACAAACCAACCGUUUGUAAAAAAUCGAUUUGAUAAUGAUGCAGUGCAGCGAUGAUCUGGGCAGAGUUUGUGCGAUACGUUUGAUUUUACUGUAAUUCAUAUCCCUACCAUUGUAAAAAUCAUAUCCUGACAUUUCUUUCCUCACCACACUGGUGAAGCACUCUAAACAGCCCAGUUAUUCCAAUGUUCAGCAUCUGCCAUCACAAUAAAAAUGGACUGUGGCAGCAUGUCAACGAAAGCUGUAAACAAACAGCACAACAUUGUCGGCAGUGGGUUUCGGUUUUGCCCAUCAAGUCCCACUUUUGGUUGAGUUAAACUCCCUGGCUCUUUCUCUCACAACACAGUGGCCUCUGCCUGGGCCAGGCCACGACCCAACACCCAACCCAGCACAGCCCGUAGAACUGCCGCGCUGUAUUACCACCAGUGCCAGGUCUCGAAUGGAGCUAUAUCACUGGUUUCCCAAGGCAGCUCUGAUCAUUACUUUAAAACCCAUUAAGGCCUCAGACGGAAAGAUUUACAGUAGCGACCCGUUGCCUGAAUGCGUUCUUUUGAAGUGCAUUAUGUCCUUUAAAAAAGAAGUUUGUCUGACCUCUGAUACUUUGCUGUUUGUUUAUUUGUAUAAUUCAUUUAUAUUGAUAUUAAAACUUUUUGGGUUUGUUUUAUAAGGCUAUAAUUGUACAGUUGUAUUGUAAAUUAAUGUAUAUUUAAUA